CAACAGUUUUUUGGAUUUAUAUUUUUUUUACUCAAAUGCAAAUCAAGAUUGUUAUUCUUACUAUCUGUGCUUCUCUUGCCGCUAUUGGCUUUGCUUCUCCUGCUUCUCAAAACCCGGAUUCUCUUAUUCCUGGCAGCAACCUCGCUUCUGACACUAAUGGUACAGGUCUUCUUGUUCCUGGUGCUAAUGAUUCUGGUGACACAGAAGUAAUUCAAAAGCGAAGGCCCUUUAGAAGACCCUCUAGAAGGCCCUAUAGAAGACCAAGACCAGCACCAGCACCAACAGCUCCAACAGGCCCAAAAGCACCAGAAGGUCCAGCAGGUCCAACAGAGCCAGCUCCACCAUCUUAAAUAAGUUUAUAAUGUCAGUAUAAUAAAACUUCAAUAAACUUGAUCAUAGCCUUACGCUCCAUAUAUCUUUUUUUUUUCUAUACGUCAUUAAUAUAUUAUAAAGAUAGAUGCACUCUAUUUUAGAUCUUGCUAUGCAUGUCAAUAUGCUAACCGAUACUGAUGUCC